GUACGAUGUCAGAAACAUAUUAGCAAUAACUCAGGAUUAGCAACCGGUACAUUGCAUUGCAUUUGUACGAAAGCCAUAUGAUCGUGAACACCGGAAGUUAUAAGUAACAAACUGUACAUACUGUGAAUGAUACCCACGGUCACAACGUGAGAAUCCUUACACAACGUCUGCACUCAAAUAUCUGUUACUGUAUCACUUUCAGUGACGUCACGAGAUCCCCACCUAUCCUUAGCUUCCGGUAAAUCUACCCAGUGUAGCCAGUUAGCUGCGCUAUUCCCGAAGUGCACACUGAAGUAACUGACUGCACUCGGCAAAAACAGAAGGCUUACACAAACAGCUGUGACAGAAAUGUCUGGGUUUGGGAACAAGUUGAGUGGAUAUACUAUGACCCAGUUAAACGAACUACUCGAAGACGAUGUCAAACUCAAUAAAAUUGUUGAAGAUAUGGAGGAGGUCCAGGAUGUCCAGCAGAGCAAGGAGAUGACCCUGGCCGGCAAUCGCAGCCUGGCCGAGCAGAACCUCCAGCUCCAGCCUCAGUUAGACUUCAAGAAGAAUGAGCUCACAAAACGCUACCGCUGUCUCGAGGAAAUCUACGAGGCCUACCAGCUCCGCAAGUCUACAUUAGAGCACACGUCUGGGAACAGCUCGUUGGAUAUAUUGCUCGCGCUGCUGCAGGCAGAAGGGGCCAAGAUCGAAGAGGAAACUGAGAACAUGGCAGAUUCCUUCUUGGAUGGAAACAUUUCUUUGGAUGCCUUUACUGAUGAGUAUCAGAGCAAGAGGAAGUUGGCCCAUUUGCGGCGUGUGAAAAUAGACAAGCUCCACGAGCUGGUGCUGAAGGGGCCGUCGCUGCCCCUGCCCGCGGUUCCAUCCUCUCGCCCUCCAGAGCUGCCCGCCAAGCCCUCCCCCUUGCACAAGGAGCCCAACUCCAGCAACAGCAGCUCCCCGGUGCCCCAGCCCAGACGGGCCCCUCCGCCCCCACCCCUCAGAACUCCACCUGCCCUCCCCGCUACAGCCCCCCAGCCCACCCUAGUGUUCUCCUACCCUGCCCCCUCCUACCCACCCAUCCCCCCCAGAAUGGGCCAGCCUGUGCCCAUUUUUAAUCAGGGUUACCCCCAACAAGCGUUCGCGCCCCAGUACCCGCCUGCAUUGCCCCAGAGGCCCCCACCUCGAGUGGCCCCGCACCCUGGCUUCAUCAUUCAGUGACGUGGUGCAGGGGUGUUUGCUGGAAAUUAAGACACAUGCACAUGUGGACACGCAUGCUGACGCCUUUUUCAGUAUGAGGUGUGUAAUAUCUGCACCUCAGUGUAAACGGUUGCACAUCCUGGGCUACAAACGGAGUCUGCUGACAUUGGAUAGCAUUGACAUGCAAAAGACAGACAAAAGAGAAAAUCUCGCCACAAAUUUGCACUUGCAGCUUUGUGUGUUCCCUUUCCCCUGUUGAUUCCAAUUCAAGCUUGUUUUGCUUGUUUUUAUUACACAAACAAAAUGAGUUAGUCUCCCGGAGCGCCGUGCGGCCAGAGUUCGAUUGCCUCCCCCAGUGCUCAGCAGGACCCUUUUAUUGCCUCUACCAAAAUGGUGAAUCGAGUUGGCCAACUGGACUUGCUCAUCAUCCAGCCUGCUCAUAUUACAGGCAGCGUCCUUCAGAUUCCGAACAGAUCCUGGCCUCCAUGACGAGCUCACAUUGUUUUACUGUUCUAUAUGUGACUGAGUAUGGACUAGAGUAUGUUCUCUUGCAUUUCAAAUCUGAACAGCUUUAUCAUUUGUCAGAUGGUAAAACUGAUGCACACAGGCAAAGACUGCACUGUUUUGGCGAGAAAGGAAAAGUCAAAGAAACAUUUUUGCUUCACAGGUUACAUGCACAGCCACAACCUGGAGCCAAGAUGUGUCUCACGGUUGAUUGUUCUUUUGUUUUUUACAACUGGAUUUGAUUCUGCAAAAUGUCUUGUGUAGUGUGGCGAGAGAUGUUAGAAUGGUAAGCUAAGGUGUGCCACUAGUACUAGGCCACUUUGUAAAACUGGAUUAUUGAGGAAGGGCCCUGCUGCAGCAGGUAAUCCAGCAAAAGCCUGUUGAGGAGAUGACGGUGUUGCUGCUUCAAAUGUCUCAGGGCAGGAACACAUUGAACUGUGAGUGACUGGUGUGUGUGUGUUUGUGUGCGUGUGAUUGUGAGAGUAGGUGUAUGUUUUUGGGUGGGUGCAAGGGAGCAUAUAUAGGUAUCUGUUUGCUUGUAUUUUCCAUCUGUGUAUGUACACUGAAUCUUUUAACCAUUAAUAAUUAAAAUAGCAUUUUAUUCUAACAAAUAUUGUAUCAUCACAUCUCUGGAUUAUUUUUAUUUUUUUGGUUUGACAGUGAUGGUUUAUUAGCAACCACUGACCAACUUGCAGGGAUGAACAUCUCACUUAAUCAUUUAUCAGUGUGUACACCCUUCAUUAUGGCUUUUCGUCAUGUACUUGUAUGGAACCUAUACAGACACCAUUAUGCAUGGUUUUGAAACCGUCUGUGUAGCCUUGUAGUCAUUGGUGAAUUCAUUAUAACAUAAUCAAACAGGAGGGGCAUACAAUCACCUGAAUUUAUAAAGUAUUCCUACUUCCCAAUCCACUCUGCACUUUUAUUGUUUGCAACCGCUGAGUGCCUUUAGUGUGUUUGCUGUUACACUUGUCAAAGUACUCCAAGGACCGUCCGUCCACUAGUACUCUAGCAGCCUCUAACACCUUCGUAGGUACAUACCAGGCUUCACAUGUAAUCUGGUACGCGUGUGAAGCAGGCAUGCAUUGUCUAUUUGCAUUUCUUACUCUGUUGUCACUGGUGGCAACUCAGACUGGUUAGGCUGGGGUGGAACUCUGAGGAGAGGUAGAGAGGUUUUUUUUCAUCCUGCAUAUCUGUCAUCUCAGAAAAACUUAAUGGGCUCCUUUUAACUAGUUGUUAAUAAACAUCUUAUCAAAAUUGGUAUCUAAGUUUAGAACAAUGGGUAAAGUUUUUUUUUUUAAUGGUGCACUUUGACAAGAGGGGAGGAAUUGUGAGACGUGUGUGUGUUUGUAUGUUUGUGUUAGAUACUUCGAAAUGCUGUGAAAUAUUUGCCAACCACCCUGGAGCAGCAUUUACCACCCCUCAGAUAUUUUGUUGGUGUGUUCCUUAUUUAGGAUACUGGUUUUCAUUACAUUACAUUUUCAGCCUUCCUGGGAAAAUGUCCAUUCAGUUAUGUAAUGCAGUCUAACCUUUUGUAUGCCCCUUAUGUAUUACAGUACGUUAAAAGUUAUAUGCUGGUAUUGUAGUGGUGGGUGGAAUUGCUUUGGUCUGUUUUGAGAGUAAUUAAUAAAAUUCGUUUUUUUUCAUCA